CUCACCGUUUCAAAAACCAGCUGUGCCACCCGCUUCAACGUUGGCAGGAGGGUAGUAGUCCGACAUCAUCGAGCACCAGAUAAGUUCAUAUUGUAGGACAUUAUCUAGGACUUCGAUGAAGCCGUCCUCGAUGACCUGAGGGUUGAAGGGACAGAAGCUACAAAGAAUUUUUGAGGAGCGAGCACUACGGAGCACCCCGCGCCAACUCUAAUUGCAUGCAGUAUUAUCUUCGGAAUAUUAAUCCCUGAAUCCGAUUAGCGUUGGCGCUAUCGGCGAAAACCAAUCAUGACGGUACAUAACCCCUGUACGCUACUGUAUCUCUACCAAGGUAUACCACACUGACCACCAGCCAUGUCCUCAAACACCAUCUACACACACGGACACCACGAAUCCGUCCUCCGCUCGCACAGCUGGCGCACCGCCCAAAACUCAGCCCCCCACCUCCUCCCAUACAUCAAACCGCACAUGCACAUCCUCGACAUAGGCUGCGGGCCCGGAACCAUCACCCUCGAUUUCGCGCAACUCGUCCCAGAAGGACAUAUAACAGGAAUCGAACCUUCCCCAGGAGCCGUCCUCUCCCAAGCGCGUCAAAUAGCCCAAGAACGAGGGAUCUCGAACGUGGAGUUCAAAGAAGGGGAUAUCUUUGAGCUGCGAGAGAUGUUUGGGACUGGGAAGUUUGAUAUCGUGCAUGUGCAUCAGGUGUUGCAGCAUAUUGAUAGAGAGAGGGUAGCUGAGGCUUUGAUGCAGAUGAGGGCUGUUACGAAACCUGGAGGGAUUAUCGCAGCUAGGGAAGUGGAUUUCGCGGCUAUGACUUGGUUUCCUGUUUCAGAAGGGAUGAAGGAGUGGGGGGAUACGUAUCAGCUUGUGGCGCGUGCUAAUGGGGGAGAACCGGAUGCGGGGAGGAGGUUGGUGAGUUGGGCGUUGAAGGCGGGGUUUGCUAGGGAUGAGAUUAUGACUUCGGCUGGGACGUGGUGUUUUAGUACGCCGGAGGAGAGGGAGUGGUGGAGUAAAUUGUGGGCUGAUCGGACGCUUUCUUCGAAUUUCAAGACGACGGCGCUCAAGAGCGGGCUUGCGGACGAGGAGAAGCUGAAUAGAAUCGCAGCUUCGUGGAUGGAGUGGGGGAAAUCAGAGGAUGGCUGGUUCGCGAUCUUAAACGGCGAAAUCAUCUGUCGCGUGGAUUGAGGGCAUCGUAUACAUGAACUCGAUUAUCAUUAUCAGAAUAUGAGCGGGGAAUGUAAUGCAAACAACAGCAGAUAAAUGACGGA